AUGCAUGAAGUGAAACUAUGUUCCAGCCCAGAGGAAGGCAAACUGUUCCUCCAGGAGCCCAGGUACAGCACCCUCACCACAGAGACAUUCGUGGCCAUAUGCUACCCACUACAGUACCACACCAUCAUCACCCCCCAGCUCUGUGUGGGGCUGGCAGCCAUUGUGUGGAUGUGCUCUGGCCUCAUCUCUCUGGUGCACACACUCCUCCUAAGUAGACUGAGUUUCUGCUCCUCCAUCCCAGAGAUCUCUCACUUCUACUGUGAUGCUUACCUGCUCAUGAAGUUGGCCUGUUCAGACACACGAGUCAAUAAACAUGUCUUCCUGGGAACCUUGUUUCUCUUUAUGGCCCCCUGCAUUCUCAUUGUGGUCUCCUAUGUCCGAAUCACCAUGGCGGUCUUCCAGAUCCCCUCUGCCAAAGGCAGGCACAAGGCAUUUUCCACGUGUAGCUCACAUUUGUCUGUGGUCAUCCUGUUCUAUGGCACGAUUAUGGGGAUCUAUAUUCGACCUCCGGGCUCCUUCUCCAUCCAGGACUCAGUAGCCACCAUCAUGUAUACUGUGGUUACCCCCAUGCUGAACCCCUUCAUUUACAGCCUGAGGAACAAGGACAUGAAGGAGACAGUUACAAGGCUCCUCAACAGGGGCUCUAAGUCUGCUUAG